AUGAGGUUGCUCAGCAAUGUUGCGUCCCGCCGCUUCGCCGGUAUCACAACGACCCGAAAGCUCUCAAGCACUUCCAAUGGCUUUGUGACAAGACCUGGCGCGAAUCUUAACAUCGACGCCCACGGUGGAGGCCCUCGGUAUCGCAACUUCAGUACAUCCAACAAAGCACUUGAUGGUUUCGCAUUCAACCCGUUCACCAAGACACUUCCGUUCCGCAAGCCACUUCCGUACUUCAGCGCGAAGUGCCUCGAAAUCAAAGACGCAGACUUCGCAUGGUUCACGGCCCUCAACGUCGCCGUCCGUACCCAGAGGAACAGAGUCUACCUGUCACAUCCCGACCGCACCCCGCGUGCCGUUUUGCACGACUACCAACACACCCUGCGUGUCGUCGCCGAUGCCGAGUGA